AUGUCACCCAUUGACGUCCCUGGAGGUAGUGGAGACGUCGGGCCUUGGGAACAAUCCGCGCUCGUCUGCGCUGCGUCCACUGGGCGCCCGGGAGCGCAGACGUCCUUCGUUGAGGAAGCGACAGGCCGUACGAGGAGCUAA